AUGGAAGACGACAGGGCGCAAGUCGACCUUGGCAUCGCCGCAGAUAUUGAGGAGGCCCAACUCGCACAGGCUCAUGAACAACCCGCAAACACAGACACUUCCCACGGCACAACCAAGCAGCCCAAGAAACGCUUCGUAGGAAGAAGAGCCGCUGCAGAAGCAGCAGCAAAAAAUACAACAAGUACAGACGGUGAAAGCGGCCCCGUUCAAGCUGCGAAACCAAAACGAGCACCCCGUCUCUUAAACAGAGUGCCCAGGGAGAUUCUGGAAGAUGAAGCCCUCAAAGAAGCCAUUGCCCUCCUCCCCGCCAACUACAGUUUUGAAAUCCCCAAAACCAUCCACAGGAUCCGCACGUCCGGGGCCAAGAAAGUAGCCCUCCAAAUGCCAGAGGGCCUCUUACUCUUCGCGACCACCAUUUCAGACAUUCUCACGCAGUUUUGCCCCGGGAUAGAGACCCUCAUCAUGGGGGACGUCACCUACGGAGCGUGUUGUAUAGACGACUACACUGCUCGGGCCCUGGGAUGCGAUCUACUAGUUCACUAUGCGCACAGCUGUCUCAUCCCCGUGGACGUCACCAAGAUCAAGACCCUCUACGUCUUUGUAGACAUCAGCAUCGACACAAACCACCUUCUCGCUUCACUGGAGCGCAACUUCGCCACCGGCAAAACCAUCGCCGUCGUCGGCACCAUCCAGUUCAACGCCACCAUCCACGGCGUACGGAGUAACCUCGAGGCAGCAGGCUUCAAAGUCCUCGUCCCGCAAAUAGCGCCCCUCAGCAAAGGUGAAAUCCUGGGCUGCACAUCCCCACGCCUCAGGGACGAAGACGCCGUGGACAUGAUUUUGUAUCUCGGCGACGGGCGUUUCCACCUUGAGAGCAUCAUGAUCCACAACCCGUCCAUACCGGCGUACAGGUACGAUCCGUACUCGAGGAAACUUACGCGUGAGACGUACGGCCACGAUGAGAUGCAGUCGCUGCGACGGAGUGCCAUUCACACGGCUAAGGGUGCGAAGCGGUGGGGUCUGAUACUGGGAUCGCUGGGACGGCAGGGGAAUCCGCAUACCAUGGCGCUGAUUGAGAGGAGGUUGAGGGAGAUGGGGAUCCCGUGGGUGAAUUUGCUGUUGAGUGAGAUUUUCCCGGGCAAGCUGGCCAUGAUGAGCGACGUUGAGUGCUGGGUGCAGGUUGCGUGUCCGAGGUUGAGUAUUGAUUGGGGGUAUGCGUUUCCGAGGCCGUUGCUGACGCCGUAUGAGGCGCUGGUUGCGUUGGGAGUGAAGGAGGAGUGGGAUAAGAGGGGGGUGUACCCGAUGGAUUAUUAUGGCAAGGAGGGGCUGGGGAGGACGAGGGCGUUGGAGGCGAGUUGA